UUUUUUAGUGUGGGCAUCAGCCGGCGGGGCAUGACGGAGCUGGCCGGGCCGAGAAGCGGACUGGCUGGCGGCCUCUCGGGUUGCGUUCCAGAACCAGGUCGCUCCGCGUGCGGGAAGGAGGUUCGCGCCGGAAGCAGCUUUCUCCCAGCCCCGUCUGGUCCUCUUCGGGCUUGGAAGGGAGGCUCUGACACAGAUGUGGAGACGUCUCUGAGAACUCAGUUUCCUGCAUCUGCUGAAUCUCAAAAACCCAGCAAGAAAAAAGUUCCGGAGGAGCCCAUCUUGGAGAAGCUGAACUGGCUGAUCCAUCUGCACUACAUCCGGAAGGACUAUGAGGCGUGCAAGACUGUUAUCAAAGAACAGCUUCAGGAGACUCAGGGGCUGUGUGAAUAUGCUAUCUAUGUCCAAGCACUGAUACUCCGGCUGGAAGGAAACAUCCAAGAAUCCCUAGAGCUCUUUCAGACGUGUGCUAUUCUCAGCCCUCAGAAUGUGGACAACCUCAAGCAGGUCGCACGCUCACUAUUUCUUUUGGGAAAACAUAAGGCUGCCAUCGAAGUAUACAAUGAAGCGGCUAGACUCAACCAGAAAGACUGGGAGAUCUGCCAUAACCUAGGAGUGUGCUACAUGUACCUGAAGCAGUUCAGCAAGGCACAGGACCAGCUGCACAGUGCUCUCCAGCUGAAUAGGCAUGACCUGACCUACAUCAUCCUGGGGAAGAUUCACCUGCUAGAGGGCAACGUGGACAAGGCCAUCGAAAUCUACAGGAAAGCAGUCGAGUUCUCACCAGAAAACCCGGAGCUGCUCACAACACUGGGGCUACUCUACUUACAGCUUGGCAUUUACCAAAAGGCAUUUGAACAUCUUGGAAAUGCACUGACGUAUGACCCCACCAACUACAAGGCCAUCCUGGCUGCAGGCAGCAUGAUGCAGACUCACGGGGACUUCGACGUUGCCCUCACCAAGUACAGAGUUGUAGCCUGCGCUGUCCCAGAAAGUCCUCCUCUCUGGAAUAACAUUGGAAUGUGUUUUUUUGGCAAGAAAAAAUACGUGGCAGCUAUCAGCUGCCUGAAGCGAGCCAACUACCUGGCCCCCUUCGACUGGAAGAUCCUGUAUAACCUGGGCCUUGUCCACCUGACCAUGCAGCAGUAUGCGUCUGCCUUCCACUUCCUGGGCGCAGCAAUCAACUUCCAGCCCAGGCUGGGGGAGCUCUACAUGCUCCUGGCUGUGGCCUUGACCAACCUGGAAGAUACAGAGAAUGCCAAGAAAGCCUACGCAGAAGCAGUCCGCCUGGACAAGUGUAACCCUUUAGUAAACCUGAACUAUGCUGUGCUGCUGUACAACGAGGGCAACAAGAGGGGUGCCCUGGCCCAGUACCAGGAGAUGGAGAAGAAAGUCAACUUCCUCAAGGACAACAGCGCUUUGGAGUUUGACCCUGAGAUGGUGGACAUGGCUCAGAAGUUGGGAGCUGCUCUCCAGGUUUCAGAGGCUCUGGUCUGGACUAAACCAGUGAAAGAUCCCAGAGCCAAGCACCGGUCCACUUCCACCAGCAAACCUGCCAGUCUCCAGCAGCCUCUGGGCUCCAACCAAGCUCUGGGACAGGCAAUGUCUUCGGCAGCCUCUUACAGCAGAAAGCUUCCCGCAGGUGGAAGAACAACCCAGCUUGCAAAGCCACCAUCUCUUCCCCUGGAACCAGAGCCUACUGAGGAAGCAAGUCCAGUCAAAGCAUCAAAACAAAUAAGAGAGCUGGGCAUGUUGGCUCAGGCCUGUAAUCCCAGCACUCAGGAGGCUGAGGCAGAAGGAUCACCACUAGUUCCAGGCCAGCCUGGACUAUCUAGUGAGUUCAGGGCCAGCCUGCAGUACAAAUCGAGACCCUGUCUCAAAAAACAAAAACAAACAGAACAAAUAGAAAAAUAGGAAUAGGUUUUCUUGGGGGGAGGCUGCAGCAGAUGGAGGACGGUCACACGACCAGGCAGAGUAGAGGCUGGUGCCAGAGCAUUCAGAGAAGGAUGUAGGGCGUCCUGUGAUCAUGAGGCUCUAAGCCUGUGCAUCCUGCACUGGCCCGGAGAUAGGGAAAAAAUAGCAGUUAGCGCCCCUAGGAGGCGGGAACAGGGCUUGAGGCUGCCCAAGGCCUGAGUGUCAGUAAGGCACAUGGUGCUGCUGGCUUCCAGAAGGACUUCCUGUCCUGGCUGUCCAGCCCCUUCCUUUAGUCAGGGCAAGGCUGCUCAGUAGCCUAGUGAUGAAGCUUUGGCCUAGCUGGGGGUGACCCUCAGGCUGUGGGGUGAUACUAGUCCACCAGGCAGACACAAAUCUUGAAGUCCUCAUGUUUUCUUUUGCUGAGGCCCAAGUCCAAAGCUGGAUCAUGGCAGUGUAAGUCAUACGUGUCAAGGCCUGGUAUCACCACCAAGGAUUAAAAGCAUAUCAGUCUCUUAGAGGAAUUUGUGUCAGACGAUCAGUGCUACCCAGAUGCUCUAAUUCACUAGCUGUGUGCCCUUCUAAAGAUUAUGUAUCAUUGUUCUUCAGGUAUAAAAAUGAGAUCACAUUAAACACUUUUAAAAAACUGACCACUCUCUGCCCUUAACUGUUUCCAAGCCUAGUUUGAGACUGGCGGGAGUGUCAAGGUCAGGCUCCUGCUUGGUACCAGCACAGGCUGGCCUGGUGAGCGGCAGCAGCAGCAGGGCCGUCUGCACUGCUGGCUUACACUGCCCUUUAGCACCAUGGCCAGAGGCGGGGGAAAUGGAGCCACACAUGCAGUUCUUCAUGACUGGGUCCAAUCUGACAUCCAAGAGGCAGCCAACUGAGAACGCGCCUCUUUGGUCCCCAGAUCUGACACACAGCAACUGGCAGACAUUGUGAUGCCCCUGCCGUUACAGCAGAUGUGUGAUGGACGGGCUUCUGCCCUUAGCAAGUCACUUCUGCAUCAGCAUGGAGGCUACUGUGCUACAUGGAAUGGAUUAGUUACUAAACUUGGGAAGGUUACUGAAAAGGCUUCAGAAUGAUAGCGUAAACUGGGAGAGGAGGGGGAGAUGUGAGAGAUCUAGAAGGAAAAUGAACAGCUGGAUGUGGUGGCAUACACCUGCAACUCUAGCACUGAGAGGCUGAGACAGGAGGUGGGCAAGUUUAAAGCCAGCCUGGGGUACAUAGCAAGACCCUCAACAACCAGAAAAAUCUAAAAUCAAAAAUUAUGGGUUGACAGUGUGGCAGGUGACUGGCAGAGUUAAAUCAGAGUUAAAUCAGGAAUAUGGGGGCCAAGGGCCAAUUGUCCAGUCUGUUUUAGACAUGUCUGGACACCAAUCAACAACAUCUUGUUAGACUUGAAUAACUGGAUUUUAGGAAUGAAAUCUGGCUUGAAAGAAAAAUUUGGGAGUAAUUUGGAUAGCUGAAAAUCAGAUUUGAAAGGAGUCUCCCAGAGCAAGCUAGCAUUAAGAAGGCAAGGAAUGCUGGGCAUGAUGGUGCACACCUGCAAUCCCAGCACUCUGGGAGGCCAAGGCAGGGGAUCUCAAGGUUGAGCCCAGCCUGGGCAACUUACCGACUUAGUGACACCCUGUCUCAAAAAAAACUAGGGCUGGGGUAUAGCUCAGUGCCUAGGCCCUGCAUCCAAGCCCCAGUACCUUAGUGGGUAAAAAAAAAAAAAAAA